AUGUUGGAGCUGUGGAAAUAUGACACUUUGCCAUUAAGGAAGGUGUGGCGCUCUAUAAAAAGACCACCAAGCUUUUUCUUGAACAAAGAGACCCAUAUUUGGUUUCAGAUUGCAGCUGUAUUGCUUUUUGGAGGUUGGAUGCUGCUAGCAUUUGGAACAGUUCUUACCUUGUCUUGGAUUUUUAUAUCCCAGGGACUUUGCCAGAGGAGGGUUAUCUGCAAAACAUCUGCAAACAGCUGCAGCUCUGUCAUUUUUUGCACUGGUAUAAUUGCAGGCUUGCUUGUUUUUUACCUCCCGCCAGUGAUUGGCACAAUCUUGGGACUACUGAUUUUUCCAUGUAGUUUGGAUUCUGCAUUUGCUAAUGAAAUUGGUGGUUCCUUCUCCACAUACAAUGCUGGGAAAUAUAAGCUUGGCUGAGACUACAUGGUGGCUCUCCUGGAUGUCGUACUACCAUGUUAACUGCCAGUCAUCAGCAGAUACAAUUUAAAUGAGGUCAAGUCCAAGAUCUUUUUCUCUACUGCUACAGAAAGUAUAAUUCUAGUAAGAGAAGAUGAACAAUAA